UAGGAGCCCCGCCCACACCUCCCGCCCAGGGCAGCUCACCACCCUCCUUCCCAAGCUCUUCCGCUGUUCUUCCCGGCAGCCAUAGCGCCCAGCCCGGCGCUCCUCAAGAUGGCUGCUGACACUGAGCCCGAAUCCGAGGUAUUUGAGAUCACAGACUUCACCACUGCCUCGGAAUGGGAAAGGUUUAUUUCCAAAGUUGAAGAAGUCUUGAAUGACUGGAAACUGAUUGGAAAUUCUUCAGGAAAGCCACUUGAAAAGGGUAUAUUUACUUCUGGCACAUGGGAAGAGAAAUCAGAUGAAAUUUCCUUUGCUGACUUCAAGUUCUCAGUCACUCAUCAUUAUCUUGUACAAGAGUCCACUGAUAAAGAAGGAAAGGAUGAGUUAUUAGAGGAUGUUAUUCCACAAUCUAUGCAAGAUUUGCUGUGUAUGAAUAAUGACUUUCCUCCAAGAGCACAUUGCCUGGUAAGAUGGUAUGGUCUUCGAGAGUUCGUGGUGAUUGCCCCCGCUGCACACAGUGAUGCUGUUCUCAGUGAAUCUAAGUGCAACCUUCUACUGAGUUCUGUUUCUAUUGCCUUGGGAAACACUGGCUGUCAGGUGCCACUGUUCGUGCAAAUUCACCAGAAAUGGCGAAGAAUGUAUGUAGGAGAAUGUCAAGGUCCUGGUGUACGAACUGAUUUUGAAAUGGUUCAUCUUAGAAAAGUGCCAAAUCAGUACACUCACUUAUCAGGUCUGCUGGAUAUCUUCAAAUCAAAGAUUGGAUGUCCUUUAACUCCAUUGCCUCCAGUUAGUAUUGCUAUUCGAUUUACCUACGUGCUUCAAGAUUGGCAGCAGUAUUUUUGGCCUCAGCAACCUCCAGACAUAGAUGCCCUUGUAGGAGGAGAAGUUGGAGGCUUGGAGUUUGGCAAGUUACCAUUUGGUGCCUGCGAAGAUCCCAUUAGUGAACUCCAUUUAGCUACUACAUGGCCUCAUCUGACUGAAGGGAUCAUUGUGGAUAAUGAUGUUUAUUCUGAUUUGGAUCCUAUUCAAGCUCCGCAUUGGUCUGUUAGAGUUCGAAAAGCUGAGAAUCCUCAGUGUUUGCUAGGUGAUUUUGUCACUGAAUUUUUUAAAAUUUGCCGUCGAAAGGAGUCAACUGAUGAGAUUCUUGGACGAUCAGCAUUUGAGGAAGAAGGCAAAGAAAUUGCUGAUAUAUCUCAUGCUUUGUCAAAAUUGACAGAGCCAACACCAGUUCCAAUUCAUAAAUUAUCAGUUUCAAAUAUGGUACAUACUGCAAAGAAGAAAAUCCGAAAACACAGAGGUGUAGAAGAGUCACCACUGAAUAAUGAUGUCCUCAACACUAUUCUCCUGUUCUUAUUCCCUGAUGCUGCUUUUGAGAAAACAUUAGAUGGAACUACUUCAACAGAUAAUAAUAAUCUUCCAUUGGAGAGUGAAGACUAUAAUCUCUACAAUCAGUUCAAGUCUGCACCAUCUGACAGUUUAACAUACAAAUUGGCUUUGUGUCUCUGUAUGAUCAAUUUUUACCAUGGAGGGUUGAAAGGAGUGGCACACCUCUGGCAGGAAUUUGUUCUUGAAAUGCGUUUCCGAUGGGAAAACAACUUUCUGAUUGCAGGAUUAGCAAAUGGACCCCCAGAUCUGAGGUGUUGUUUACUGCAUCAGAAACUACAGAUGUUAAAUUGUUGUAUUGAAAGAAAGAAGGCACGUGAUGAGGGGAAAAAGACAAGUGCUUCAGAUAAUGUCACUAAUCUGUAUCCAGGGGAUGCUGGAAAAGCUGGAGACCAGUUGGGGCCAGAUAAUCUAAAAGAAACAGAUAAGGAAAAGGGAGAGGUAGGAAAAUCUUGGGAUUCCUGGAGUGACAGUGAAGAAGAAUUUUUUGAAUGCCUAAGUGAUACUGAAGAACUUAAAGGAAAUGGACAAGACAGUGGCAAGAAAGGAGGACCUAAGGAGAUGGCAAAUUUAAGGCCAGAAGGAAGGCUCUAUCAGCAUGGGAAACUUACACUGCUGCAUAAUGGAGAACCUCUCUACAUUCCAGUAACCCAGGAACCAGCACCUAUGACAGAAGAUCUGCUAGAAGAGCAGUCUGAGGUUUUAGCUAAAUUAGGUACAUCAGCAGAAGGGGCUCACCUCCGCGCACGCAUGCAGAGUGCCUGUCUGCUCUCAGAUAUGGAGUCUUUUAAGGCAGCUAAUCCAGGUUGCUUCCUGGAAGAUUUUGUGAGGUGGUAUUCACCCCGGGAUUAUAUUGAAGAGGAGGUGAUUGAUGAAAAGGGCAACGUGGUUCUGAAAGGAGAACUGAGCGCCCGGAUGAAGAUUCCAAGCAAUAUGUGGGUAGAAGCCUGGGAAACAGCUAAGCCAAUUCCUGCUAGAAGGCAAAGGAGACUCUUUGAUGAUACACGGGAAGCAGAAAAGGUGCUUCACUAUCUGGCAAUCCAGAAACCUGCAGACCUUGCUCGACACCUGUUACCUUGUGUGAUUCAUGCAGCUGUACUCAAGGUAAAGGAAGAAGAAAGUCUGGAAGACAUUUCUUCAGUUAAGAAGAUCAUAAAGCAGAUAAUAUCCCAUUCCAGUAAAGUUUUGCACUUCCCCAAUCCAGAAGACAAGAAGUUGGAAGAAAUCAUUCACCAGAUUACUAAUGUGGAAGCUCUCAUUGCAAGAGCUCGGUCACUAAAAGCCAAGUUUGGAACUGAGAAAUGUGAACAGGAGGAGGAAAAGGAAGAUCUUGAAAGGUUUGUCAGUUGCCUGCUGGAGCAGCCUGAAGUGUUGGUCACCGGUGCAGGAAGAGGACAUGCUGGCAGGAUCAUUCACAAGCUGUUUGUGAGUGCUCAGAGGCUGACUGAAUCUUCUGAUGAGGCUGCAGCCAUGGCUCCACCAGAGGAGGAAUUCAAGAGAAUUGGCUCUGCAGAGGAAAGAAGGCAGAACUCCGUGUCAGACUUCCCACCCCCUGCGGGCCGGGAAUUCAUUUUGCGUACCACUGUGCCGCGUCCUGCUCCCUACUCCAAAGCACUGCCUCAGCGGAUGUACAGUGUUCUCACCAAAGAGGAAUUUAGACUUGCAGGUGCCUUUUCAUCAGAUACCUCCUUCUUCUGAUUCUUCUAGCAUUACUUGUUGGUGGCUUCUGAGACAGUGCUCCCUCCUCCUGUGGGAGGGAAGGUGUGCCAGGGAGAACCCGAGAGGUCUUGGAGAGGGCCCUGCCCAGUUGGGUGAUCAGGAAUCAAACCAGCAUCAGAAAGACUUCCCAGCACCAAGCUGGAGCUGUGUUGUUUCAUGGAGUGGGCAGAGAGAAUGGGCUUGAGCCGUUGAGAGAUUUCUGCCCUAGAGAUGGCCUUUGUACAUGGGGGGGAACACAAACACAUCAUACACUGUGUCCUCACCCUGGCGGAACAGUGUUCAUCACAGUCUCUUCUGUGACUGGCCUCUAGGCUAGCGGCUGCAUUCAUGGUGUGUGCAAACACUUCAUGGUUCUAUAUAUCAGCAUCAAGUGUUCAAAAUAAAGUGUCUGUUAACUCAGAUUUCUGGAUAUUUUGGUGGUAGCUUCUAGUACCAGAGUCUGUUUUUAAAAUACUACAUGACAUCUGUCUAUUCAGUCACCUGGUGGUCAUCUUUCUUGUACUAAUUAACUGUUGAUGAGCAUUUUGGAUAUUAGGAGAAAGCCUAUAAUUUCAGUUUCUCUUUUUCACGUAACUGUAACCUAAAUGUAUUACUUCUGAUAAAACUAUGUAUCAAAUGUCACUGCAAA